UGGUAAUUAAUAUACCAGUGCUAGUGGUACGCUACCAGUACGUUAAAAAAUGUACCAGUACUAGCGGUACCAGUAAAAAAUGUACCAGUACUAGUGGUACGCUACCAGUACAACGCUACCAGUAGAGAAUAACACAACGCUACUAGCAUUGGUAGCGCUACCACUAGCAUUGGUAGCGGUACCAGUAGCAAAUAACAAAAAAAAAAAAACAGAUGAUAGUGGUACCAGAUGAUAGGGGAGCCACUGGUAUUGGUAGCGUACCAAUAGCGCUACCAGUGGUAUUGGUACCAAUAGUGCUACCAGUGGUAUUGGUACCGGUAGAGACUAUCAGAUCUGGAAAAAAAUUAGGGAUGAGUCUUGACCUCACGGUGGCGGCGACAUAAAAAUGGUGGCGGGGGGGGGGGGGGGGGGGGGGGGGGGGGCUGCUUCUCCUUGAUACUGCUUAUGGGAAGCUACUGCAGCUGCUGUGAUGGGGAUGAGAUCUCAUCCAUGGAGGCGGAGAGAAGGGGAGGAGAGGAAAGAGUGAGAUGAGGGUGGGUGGAGAGAGGCGGCAGUGCUGUCUGGAGAGAGGGAGGAGGGAAAGAGAGAGAUGAGGGGGAGAGGGAGGAGUUAUGGUUUUUAUUUUAUUUAUAUGGGAGGGAGAAUGAUUGGGUGUGUUAACAUUUUUCCUUUCCAAAAAUACCCUUCUUUUAAUCCUAACCAUCAACUUAAAAAAAGAAGAAAGAGACAGGAAAGAGAGUGUAUCCAACGGUUAGUGAGUGGGUUGUGAAUCUCACAACCCCUAAGAGGGUUGUCACCGUAUCUCAUCCCAGAAUUGAGAUAUAACGCCAUCUAUACUAUUUUUUAUACUUACCUUGUUGGGAUCCAUAAAGCGAAGGCGCUGAGCAGGUAAGCUUGCUAGAGCCUCUGGAAAUGGUGGAGAAGAAAGAAAACUCGUAGUUGGGUCCUAUGUGAUUGCCAACGAUGCCACACCACUACUCAAGACCAGUCGACCAAACUUCUUCUCCUUCCCUUAUCGCCUUCUGCCGUAAAGAGUCUGAUGCAAACUUAAAUUUCGCCGUCGUUAUUUCACACUGCCGGAGAGGGAGAGAGAGAACAGACAGAUGGUGCCGGAGAUUGCAAGACGGAAGCUCUUCCUCCGUUACUUGGGGUAGCUUCUGUUUGGACCAGUUCUCGUGAGCGAUUGGGUUGGAUUGGGUUUAAUGAAUCCAACCGCUGCCACAUCAUAUCAUACGUGGCCCAAUCAGAAGAAUGCGUCACCGAUGCCGCACUUUUUAUUGCGGCACUAUAGUAUUGGCCCUGAAAAAAUGAAAGAUACGGUGAAACUGCGAAGACCCUCCUCCGCUUCGCCGUAGUGCGUAGUUCUUCUUCAAGCCUACAUUUCCAUACUGCGAUCGAGGGUUAUUGUAAGAACUUCUUCCUAUCUCUGAAGGUACAGCAACUUUGUUAAAUUUGUUUGCAUCGUAUUUUCUGGUUAUAUUGUGGUAUCUACCUCAAGUUUGCACCUUUUCUUGGUGGGUUCAUACUGACAGUUGUUGCUACCUUCUGUCCAGCACAGUUCAAUAGCUCGCCAUGUGUAGGAAGAUGAUCGUCAACAACUGCAUCAUCUAUCGAAACUGCUCUCCAUUUCUUUGGCAUAGAAAAUUCGGUACCACUGUUCUCCCUUACUCUUCUUCUGCUAGUUCCGCAGCCCCUCUCUCGUCAUACUUCGCCUCCAAUCCAACUCCAACUACUACUCGUACCUCCAAUUCUGCUACUUUGGCCAGUGUAGAUGAUGCCAUGGAUUCAUUUAAUCGGAUGCUUUGCAUGAGCCCUAGGCCGUCCAUUGUGAAAUUUGGUCAGUUAUUGUCUUCUCUCUUGAGAGUGAAUGCUUUCCAGGCUGCCCUCUAUGUGUCUAAGCAGAUGGAAUUAGUUGGAAUCCCCCAUGAUCUUUACACGCUUAACAUGUUGAUUCGAUGCUUAUGUAAAUUGGGUCGUGUGGAUUUUGCCUACUCAGUUCUCAGCAAAGCUUUGAAACUUGGUCUUCAAUUCGAUGCGGUGAUAUUCAGUACCUUGAUUGAUGGGCUAUGUAAAGUUGGAAAAGUAGUUGAGGCUGCGAGGUUGGCUCAUAAGAUCAAGAUUUUGGGGCAUCAACUGAACGUGGUCGCAUAUAACGCAAUUAUUUGUGGACUGUGCAAGGCAGGAAGAACAAGUGAUGGGCUUGAAUUGCUCGGAAAAAUGAAGGAGUUAGGUUGUCAACCUGAUGUAGUUAGUUAUAGCACAGUCAUCGAUAGCCUCUGUAAGGAUGGAAUGGUAUCGAAAGCUUUAGAUGUGUUUUCAGAGAUGAAGGAUAAAAAGAUUCAGCCAAAUGUUUUUGCUUACAGUAGCUUGAUUUAUGGUUUAUGCAUAUCAAGCUCUAGGAAUGAAGCUAUGAAGUUGUUGAAUGAAAUGGUAGAGAGGAACAUCAUGCCCAAUACAAUCACCUAUUCCAUAUUGGUUGAUGCUUUUUGUAAGGAAGGAAAUGUUUUGGGCGCUAAAGUUAUACUCAAAAUGAUGAUUCAAAGUGGAUGGCGUCCAAAUAUUAUCACAUACAGUUCACUGAUGGAUGGGUAUUGUUUGCGGAACGAAGUAGACAAAGCUAGAAAGUUAUUCGAUUUUAUGGUCAACAUGGGAUGCAAACGUGACGUAUAUUGUUAUAGUAUCAUGAUUCAUGGAUAUUGUAAUGCUAAAAGGAUGGAUGAAGCAGCACAAUUAUUGAAUGAUAUGCUUGAGAAAGAUUUGACUCCAAACACGGUAACAUAUACUACUCUCAUUUCUGGAUUUUGCCGAGCAGGGAGGUUUAAAGAUGCACAAGAAGUCCUUAGAAAAAUGCACAAUCAAGGUUUCUCUCCAAAUGAAGUGACAUAUGGCACUUUGUUGAAUGACUUGUGCAGACAAGGUCAUGUUGAUGAAGCACUGGCUCUGUUUCAAGCAAUGGAGAAUAGUAGGUUGAAGCCUGAUGUUGUCAUGUAUAAUAUCCUCAUGGAUGGUCUGUGGACAACUGGGAGGGCUGAAGAAGCAAGAGACAUGUUUUCUAGGCUUUCUAAAGAUGAUAGUUUGCGACCUGAUACCCGCACUUAUAACAUAGUAAUCGAUGGACUUUGUAGACAAGGUUUUGUGGAUGAAGCAUAUGGUUUGUUCAGAAAUAUUGAGGGGGAUAGUUGCCCACCCGAUAGUUGCUCUUAUAAUGUGAUGAUCCAGGGAUAUCUUCGACGUAAGGAUCCGCUUGAAGCAUUUGACCUCAUUCAGGAGAUGGUUUCUAAGGGUUUCUCAGCUGAUGCAUCCACAAUGUCCUUGUUGAUAGAAAAACUGCCCAAGGAUCAGUUGGAUCAUUUGAUUGUGCAAAAGCUUCUGAAUGGUCCUGAUAUCAAGAAUGGGGAAAUAGGGUCUAAUGGUCUAUCAACUUCUGGUACUCUAGUUAAUUGUUGAUUUUGUCCCAUGGAAGUCAGUUGGAUAUUCCAGUAGUUCGCACGAUGCUCUUCAAAUCCAGAAGAUUCUCACGGUACAAAAAGCGAUGUUAUUGAGGCUCAGAGAGAACAUCUCAAAUUUAAUGUUGGUUCUGCUGACGUCUGUGGAGUGCAUGGUCAUUUCAACCAUUAGAUGGUAUGCCUAAGUUGUGCAUUAUUUAGUCUGCUUAACUUGCUGGUUGUUCUUUUCGCUUCUUUAUUUGUGCCUGUGCAUCUGAUUCUGAUGCUGCUUUGCUUACAGAUUAAUGGAAUUGAAAAAGACAAAGUAGUUGUUUGCUGCCACAAAUAGGAAAGCUGGAUCAGGAUCCUGCUUUGAUCAGGUAUUUCCUUUGAAAUUGUUCUGUGUGCGGACUGAGUUCUCCUUGAAGAUUGGAGUGUUUCCUGACCCAUGCCAUGCGUGUCUCUACUUUUUUCAGUAGGUUUCAUUCAGUAAUUACCUUCAGUCUGCACUUGAAUCGCCAAGAAAUUACUGGCCAGUGUGCAAACCACCUCACAAGAUCCGAACUGGAGGAAUUCUCUAAUUUCACAUAAAAGUGGGUCGUACAAAUCUUUUUAAUGAAUCUAGUUCCUCAACAUGUCUGUUUGUCGGCUAUCUGCAACGAGCAUGGGGAGUUCCAGAUGAUACAACGAGAGAUAGGAAUGAAUACUUGGUCUUGCAACAGAGUGAAGGUUUCCAGUACAAUUUUUUGGAGAUAUCUUGCUAGCUUGUAAAUCUUUUGGGUGAAGGUCUGUGUGACCACUACACCUAUAGUGUAGUGUUGUAAUGUAGGAUAAGGUGAAAGAUGGAUCGUAUGAAAGCUUGUGUGCUUAUAUUGGUCCAUGCUAAGAGCCUGCAUAACAUGGCAUUGACUGUUGAUGUCUGUUGCUGUAUUCAGCAUGUCUGGGAGUGGGAGGGGCAUGAAGGACGUGCUUCAACAAGCAGAACGAUCAUGGCCUCAUGGGCAUCUGAGGUAAAAGUGAUCUAGUAUUUUACUGUUAUAUAUUUGUAUUAUAGAGUAGUACAUUUUGCUGAAUUUUGUGGACUUACUAGUUAAGCUAUGGUGGGUGCUGGGUUUCAUAUAUAUUAAGGGGACAAGCUGGUAAAGAAAAUAGUAGAAGAUGGGGAGCAUAGUCGUCAUCGUCUUGCACUGCUUUCAGAGUAUAUAGAGAGUCAUGUAAGUCGUCAGAAGGCGAUGAGGCUGGGCACAUCGGAGCAGAGCAUUCAUGUUUGGGAGAAACUUGAUUUAUAUGUUCAUUGGAGGAGUUCAACCUGUCAUAAUAAUGGAGACUGCUUGAGCAAUCCAAUGUGAUAGUAAUGUUUAUAACAGAGCAUUCGUAGAUUGACUAGCAUACAUGUACUGUGGCAUUACCAUGUGGAAGUUUUAGGGUUGUUUGCUUGCUUGUGGGAUUUGAAAUGUGAAGGUUUUUGGCAAAUUAUUGUCUUCAGAAAAUAAUGGAUUGGUGUUGGAUCUAUUAGGUCAUUAUAUAUUUGGAAAAACAAUUGUCUGCUUGUUGGGUUUGAUGAUGAAUUUUGAUGAAUUAGAUUUGCAGGUAUGAAAAUAAUGAGUUAUAUCGCAUCAUCUAAUUGUGAUCCUAUCUCAAAUCCCAUCAAGGUUUUCCAAAUCCAUGGGACAUGAAUUUAGAACCUCUGAAUUUGUGGUCCUACAAAUUUGAUACCCUUUUAAUUCUCAAGCAAACAUUGUAGGCUUCAGCCAAGAGGCCCAUACCAAAUAGGACCAUUCCAGAUUCUCUUCCAAGUGCUACUAAAUCGGGUUGACUCGAUAACCCAGACCCACAUGUACAUGGGCGUUGGGUCGUGCUUGGGCCGGUACGGCACGGACACAUUUUGGGUCCAUUUAUUUCGUGUCGUGCUUGGCACGGCCCGUUAGUUUUCGUGUCGUGCCAUGCAAGCACAUUUGUUAACUUUGUUAGGCCUGGCCCAGGCCCGAACACAGUUCAAAUCGUCUAUUCGUGCUCGUGCCAUGCUCGUAUUCGUGUUUAAUGAAAAAGACGAAAACAAAAGAGAAAAUAAAAAAGAAGGUGAAAAUUGGACGGAGGAAAAUAGUAUUAACCGAUAAUGUUUGAGAAAAGUAACAAAUAAGGGGGAAAAGAAAAUUGGAAGUAUAGCGAGUGUGAUUUGGCUUUGUUUAAUUCUUUGUCCAUUUUUACUUAUGUUAGUAAUUACGUAUAUAUCUUUAUGACACUUCUAACAACAACAAAUAAUUUUUUUUCUACUUUGUUUUGUAAUAUUUGAACCUAUAAUUCUUUUUAUAUUUAUUGUCUAUCAAAUAAAUAUUAUUUUCGUGUCAUGUCCGUUCUUAUACUCAAUAAAGUCUCGAAAAUAUU